CCUAUUCCCUCAAGUAAGGAAAUUACGAUACUGACUAAAUAAAUUAUAACAGCCUAAUAUCCCUCUCCUUCCUUUUCGUCAGCAUAUUUAAACAUUCCAAAAUUCUAAACUUUGUGCUCUUGUCCAGACACCCACACCCAUAUGCCACAUCCACACACCACACUCACAUAACCCAUCUCUUGGACACCAUGGAUCCCUACCCGCGUAGUAAAUUUUUCGGAGGCCCAAAGGAGAAAGAAGAAUGCGAUUACUACGCCACGGUCGAGACUGUUGGCGGUCCGUAUCAUGAAGAGUGGCCUAACGAGGCAGGAUUUGAAGGCUUAACUGAGGUGCGCGGCCCCGUAGAACUCGUCGUUAAGGGUUCGAUCCCGACUUGGGCUGCCGGCACCUUGUUCCGCACCGGCCCCGGACAGUACACCAUCGACGACACUCCGAAGGGCACCUUCCGGACUACGCAUUGGUUCGACGGGUUGGGCCAUACGCACAAGUUCAAUAUCAUCGCCGAUCCUACUAACGCUGAUGCCCCCGUCAGAGUCGAGUAUUCGUCUCGUCGUCAAAGCCAAGCCCUCUAUGAUGAUAUCAAGAAAACUGGCCGACGGCAUGAUAUCAGUUUCGGCCAACGUAUAGAUCCUUGCGUCGGCAUAUUCGCCAAGAUUAUGAGUGUGUGGCGAGGUCCUCCCAUAGAUCAAGGGCCCGAUUAUAAUAAUAUCGCGGUCGUCGUCCAUGGGAACGUGCCUGGCUUGCCGUCGAACGCCAAGAACACAACCCAGUCUGCCGGUCACCGAGGAGGUAACAAGUCUAUGUGGUUAACCUCUGACAUCGGUAUCAUGAAGGAAUUCGACACGCAAACUUUAGAACCUAUUGGAAUGGCCAAGCAGCAAACACUCCAUCCUCUCCUCAAAGGACCCCUUAGCUGUGCCCAUGCUCAGCGAGACCCGGAAACAGGCGACUUCUUCAAUUAUAAUCUCGAACUGGGUUACCCUCCUACGUACCGAAUCUUCCGAACCAGCACAUCGACGGGUAAAACCGAUAUUUUAGCUACAUUAUAUGGCAAAGACGUGAAGCCGGCGUAUAUCCACUCCUUUUUCCUCUCACCCUCGUUCGUCAUCUUCUGUAUCCCAUCUUCGCAUCUCGGUCUGAUGGGCGUCAAGAUUCCGUGGGAAGGAAACAUGGUCGACGCAAUCGAACCUUUCGACGAGUCCAAGUCUUGUAAAUGGUUCAUCAUCGACCGUCUUGGUGACCGUGGUGUGGUUGCCACGUUCGAUAGUCCCGCGGGUUUCUAUUUCCACAGUGUCAACUCUUUCGAGCAGCGGGACGAAUUCACCGGAGAUAUUUACGUACACUGUGAUGUUAUCCAGUACCCUACGCUCGACGUUAUACGACAAUUCGAGAUGGACGUCAUCCUUCAAAGAAACGACGCGACCGAAAAUUUCUGGAGUGACGUGGCACGCACCCACAAUUGCCAGGCCCGACUGACCAGGUGGAAAUUCGUCAUUCCGAAGCUCGAUGCCGACGGCGAAAAGGGGAAGCCGAAGGAAUCAAGUCCGAGCAAGAAGGCAGAGAAUAUCCUCGAGUUCAGACCGCCACUCGCAGGAGAAUUACCGACCAUCAACCCGGCCUACGCGACCAAGAAGUACCGCUUCAUGUACACAACAGUGAGUCGCGGCUUCAGUACCCUCUUCGACUGCAUCGUCAAGACGAAUCUCGACACGCGCGAAGCCUUGUACUGGGAGGGAAAGAAAGGAGAUACACCGGGCGAGGCGAUUUUCAUCCAACGUCCGAGGUCCUACGAAAAAGAGGAGGUGGCUGAAGAUGACGGCAUGCUUCUGAGCGUCGUGCUCGAUGGACAUGGUAAGAAGAGCUACCUCGUGUGCUUGGAUGCGAGGAACAUGUUGGAGUUGGGACGUGCCGAGUGCGACUUCGCUAUCGCGAUCGGGUUCCACGGGCUGCAUAUGCCCCCUGAGACACCCCCUGAGGCUUCUUAGUUUGAACGUGGUCUGCCCUUCGAGAUGAAAAACCUUUUCGUUAUUUGCAGUGCUAUUUCCGUGCAAGGGAUGAGUAAUGCAAGGGACACCGCGAAAACGCAUCUAACGCGUACUUAAUUCAUUGACAACCUUAAAAGACCU